AUGACACCGCAGCUGCUGAAGGAUCUCUCCACCAAUUCCCGGAAAUGGAUCAUUCAAACUCGGGUCUCUCGGAAGUGGAUAGCUACAAACUGCAACACUGGAAAGCUUCUGCAUAUGGACUUGGUCCUCAUCGAUUCAGAGGGGUCAGAUAUUUGGGCUAUGAUUCCUCCAUUUCCGAUUCCAAAGUUUGAAACGACUCUGAAAGAGCAAGAGGUCUAUGAGAUUAGACAUUUCAAAGUUGCUCUUACGAAGAACACAUUCAGGCCAGUACCCAAUCGUUUGAUGUUGGAGUUUGAUUCAGCAACUUUGGUCCAACAUUUGAAAGUUGUCCAAGCAUACUGUCCUACAAAUGUGGUUGGCCAAUUGGUUCAACAUUCAGCAGUCACCUCCAAAAUCUCUGCAACAAAACGUUGGAAAGAUAUCACACUCAAAUUGAUUGAAGGUGAGAUGGUAAGGGUGACUUUAUGGGGAAGUAUUGGCAACCAAGUAGAUGACAUUGUCUCCCACAGUGAAGAUCGACCAGUGAUUCUCACUGUUACCUCUGUUUUUGUUGACGAAUAUAAAGGGGAGCUUUGUCUAUCGUCCAUAGGGGCUACAGUUUUGAAGGCAAAUCUGGAUAUACCAGAAGUGCAAAAGUUUAAUUUGGGGGAUGGCAGGUUGAAUGCACCUGUCCUGCUUGCUGAGGAACCAGCUCCUGAGAUUCAAGAAAUUUCCAUAGCUCAGCUUAAUGAAUUCAAAACUAUGGAAGAGAAGAUUGAUCAAGUGUUUGCUAUUGAAGGUCAAGUCAUUCAAGUACGAUCCAAUUGGUUUUACAUGGGCUGUGUUGGCUGCCCUCGCAAAGUGGAAGAUGAUUUGGAUGAGUAUUUUUGCGGACACUACAACACCACCUCUAAAAGUGCAGCUGCCAAGUAUAGAGUGAAGCUUCAGCUGCAGGAUGAUUCUGGUGAUGCUGACUUUGCAAUUUUAGAGCGCGAAGGACUGCGUUUCUUUGGUGUUAUGGCUGAUGUUUUAUUCCAAGGAAAUCAGAGGAAGAAGGAACCACUUCCCCGACAGAUUGAGCAAGUUGUUAGCAUGAAAUUGAAAGUGCAUGUUAAGCUAACCCAAUUCAACUUCUCAAACCCUCAAGCCGAGUAUACUGUGGCUUGCAUAGAACAUGAUCCUCUUGCGCAAAUCAGUGAGGAGACACUUGCAUCCCAAACUUCAUUUCCUGGCAACAGCCAAGAAAGUAGCCCUGAUUUGGUUGAAGCAAACUUAGAGGAUAGCUCUGCAAGUUCUGAAGCUACCGAAGGGAAUAACUUCAAGAGGCAGAAGAAGGCCGAAGUGGUUGAUUCUGAUGAGGAAGAGAAGUAG